AUGAACGUGUUCUAUAACCAAGAUUUGGCAAGACUCGUCCUCGACUCUCACAUCGCAAGGGCAAGCCAAGAGGAUGGCCAGCCAAUGCUAUUGGCCGAUGCUGAUCCCAAUUCACUUUCAGUUGUUCAGUUUGAGAACCCCUCCACCUAUCGGUUAACGCAAAGAGACGAUCCAGAAAGCGAAACCUAUUUCAAGGUUAUCGGUGUUCUUUGCUCGAAGGUGCUGCCCCCUUUUCAAACAACACCGAAAAUUCGAACUUUGCAACAUUUGCGCAAUCUUCGCCAAUUUGUGAAGGUCACAGGCCUUGGAUCGACUUCUUUCAGCCUUGCUGGGGGUGCGAUGGAGUCCGUGGUGGAGCUGUUUAAACAGGCUCUUGGAUCCGACGCACUCGUUGGGACGGAGGAAAAGCUUUACGAGGGGGAUUUGGCGUUGGACUUUCAUGCUCGCUACUUCACUGAUCGAGAGGUCGCUCCUCAAGAGAAACACAUACCAUUUGACGACCUUGUGGAUCCACAGCAAAUUUUGGAAACACUCAGAGGCACACGUUUCAUUCACGGUCCUGACAAUCGCGUAGAGUACUGCGUAAAGAGAGUCGAUCCCGACGGAAAAACUAGAUAUGAACCCGUCGAUCCCGCUUCAAUCAAAGAAGGCGAUAUAGUUGAAGUCACACUUGCGUUUAUGUGUGUUCCCAUCAAGGAAAACCGGUAUCGCUUCCUUCCAACUCUUCGCGCUGUUACACUUCUGGAGUCCAGAGUGAGGAAGGAAUCUGAAGCAGCCCGAGAUCAGGGGCGGUUUGAGGUCUUGAAGCGAAUCGUCGAACACGCCGGCAUUUUUGACUUACUGUCCUUGUCUGGUACCAGUCGCAAGGUUCGCUUGCUGGCAAGGAACGAGGUCGAUCGCCGCGUUAUCGAAUUGAUGGAGUUAUUCUCCCUGAAUGCCCAUACGACACUCCUACUCCUUCGUGAUACAAAGGCUUACAUCUCAGGGUCCGCCGUGCUCUCCAUUAUUGACCCAGGAAUGUUCACACCGGGAGAUCUCGACUUCUACGUUCCCAUGGCCCACGCGCAUAAGCUAUGGAUGUUCCUUUGGCGAAGGCAUCACCACGGCUGGCACCAGCUCAUCGGGGAUCGUGAUUUUCAACGUGCUGGGUUACCCAUACCUGACCCCGAUGAUUACUGCGGCAUCCCGGGGAUCGCAACAGUAUGGUACUUCAAGCACAGAGAUACAGGAAAGGUUAUCAACGUCAUCAUCACCCGCACGAGCUCAGCACUACCGGCCAUCAUUCGGUUCCACUCCACUAUCGUUAUGAAUGUCAUCACGUAUUUCGGAGUGGGCGAGUACUACGGCUAUCACGCUCAUGCGCGGACCAAAGUUAGUAGGCCCCUUGGAGCCAUCAAGGGCUUGCAAAAAGGUGAACUUAAAGUGGCCGUCGGUGGCAAGGGGAACGUGAAUGGCCAGCGCGCUAAGUCCGCAAUUGAUGAUCUACAACGCUAUACAUUUGAACUAGCCGUCGGGCGGGGCGAGCUUCAGAGGCGUGUUCUUUCGCUGGAGGCCAUGAUUGAGGAUAUGGCUAGUAUUAUUUAUGGGGUCCGUGUAUCGAAGAAGGAAUCGGCUGAAACGGGUAUGGAGAGGCUGGAAAGGAUGAUGGAGGCGAGACGGGGGGAUGUUUGGAUGGACAUGCCAGAGACCUGCUACGGCGACUUUAGUGUUUAG